GAAAAUGCUCCAGAGAUGGCAAUUGACCCUCUUCAGGAUCCCCCUGUUCUUGUGGUUGCCCCAAUUUCUGUUUGUGAGUCAAACAAAGUUUUGGUCCCAGAGAAGGGAGAUGUUCCCUCUCAGACUAGUGUUGUUGGUAACAAUGGAGGAAGACGGAGUAAAAGGCUUAGAACGAGAUCUACCAAGUUAGAUGGUCGGUUUCAGUUUGAUAAGAAAACGAAGCUUUUGGUAGGACACCCUUCUCCCAUCGCCAAUACUAGUGGAUGCUUAGAUCCCGAAGAGCGUUUUAACCGUUCCUUGAAAAAACUGAAAGCGAUAAGCUCUAUUUCUUUAGGCCCCGAUGUUUCUAUUAGCAGCAAGGAUGUCCUUGAGUUAAUUGAGAGGAAAAAACCUUUGGCGAACAAGGUCAUGGACGCCCUGUUAAAAUUCAGCAGGCACAUUCUCCGUACACACGAGGUGGAUUGCGGAAAACUUCAUGUUGAUGUGCUUGAUACCAAGUUUAUCUCUCAAUUGUGCCGCCUAUAUCCUAAGUUCACCAAAGCCCCUGUUCCUCAAGAUUUCCAGUUUCCUACAGCCUUGGUUGAUGUUGUUGCUGGUGUUGGGGAGCUGGACCGUGCUGAGCUGUUUACUGAAGUUGACUACCUUUAUCUGCCAUUCAACUUUGACAAAAAACAUUGGGUUUCCUUAUGUGUUGAUCUUAAUUGCGCCAAGAUUACUGUUCUCGAUUCUAAUGUUCAUUUGCGUACGGAUGCUAGCAUCAAGGCGGAUAUCGAGCCUCUCUCUAAAAUGCUUCCUAUUCUCUUCAGACAGGCGGCAUCUAAUCCAAUAAUGAGCCAGCUCUUACCUACUCCAUUUUCAGUUGAAAGGUCUCUUUGCAUCCCGUAGGUUACCUCUCAUGUUGAUGUCGGCUUGAUGAUUAUCUUUCUCAUUCAUGCGCAUGCUGCUGGUGGUAUGGAUGAUUGUGCUGAAUUUCUUCCCGAAUUCAUCGAAGCUGAAACCAAAAAACUUGUCUCUGCUAUCAUUCUCGCUGCUGUCCCGUAGUUCUCCCCUUGUUUUGUUUUAGUAUGUACUAUGUUCUUUUCAUAUAAUAUUUCCCAUGUUCUAUUCCAUAUUUGUUAGUACUCUCUAUUGUCCUUUAUAUUGAACUUACUUCGUUUCGGAUCA